AUGAAUAAUACUGGAAGUAAAGUUAAAAAUACUUGCGAGAGCUUGUGGAACGUUGAGUUAGUACUAUUCGGUAUGAUCGGACACAAGUCACUCCGCAGAGCAUUUGGCAGCGAAGAAUAUCAUAUACCAAUUAGGGAGAUUAUAAUAUCUAUUUGCUCUGCUUGUUUUUUGACAAUGUGUGUUUCGUCAAGUACCCGAACGUUUUUUACCGUGGGCUUUGAAGAUCUUAGCGUGACUGGUGAAGUCAUUUCAGGACUACUGUCGGGCUUCUUGAUCUUCAUUAGAAUUACGCGAUUUGCGUCACACAAAAACGCUUUUUUUAGCAUUCUUCGUGAUUUUCACAUAUUAUGGGAAGAUGUUAAGACAUUGAAACAUCUAAGGAGUGAAAUAGAUGACAUAAUUAACAGCACUAAGCCACCAAGGUACUUAUACUUAGGCUCGGCAGUUAUACUUGGCUUAGUUUACGCACUCCCCCCAUACGGUGCAAUGUUGAUUGGAUUUUUCCAAAACGGACCGCUUGAAAUUGACUAUUCAAUGACAAUUUAUCCCCUAAAUUAUGCAUUCCCCCAUGAUACAGAUUUAAGCUACAAUUUGUGUCUCAUUUACGAAGCAAUAGUGGAUUACUUGGUUACUAUAUACUGGGUAGCAUGUGAUAUCACUUUUAUCCAACUUACCACACACCUUCGCAUACAUAUAUUGGCGUUAUCUAACAAUUUUACUUUGGAAUCAUACGAUGCCGACGAAAUUCAUGAAUACUUUACUGUCAACAGAAUUAGCAAUUUAGCUAAAAGACACGAACAUCUUAUGAGGUUGUGUAAGCAGGUAGAGAAUCUAUUUAACCCAAUUUUUUUUUUUACAAUAUUGUUCAAUGGAAUCGACCUUUGCUGCUGUAUUAUAAUGUUAGACAGAGAAGCAACUGAAGGAGAUUGGCGUAAAUUUGCUAAAAGUGUAACACAUGCAAUCACAUUGUUUAUACAAAUAGUCAUUUACUGCGAUUUUGCCCAUCAAACUUCGGAACUGUUGAAUAAUAUAGCGCCGACAAUUUUUAAUUCUCCAUGGGCAUUUUGUGAUAAAAAAGUUCAGCAAUUACUAGCGAUAAUCAUGAUGCGGGCCAACAAAGAAUACAAAUUCAUGGCAUAUGGUAUUCUUAAUUUGGAUCGUGAGCAAAUGACACGAGUUUGUAUUUGA